AUUAUGGUGAUGAGAAAAGUCUAGAACUGCGUAGACAUGCAUUUGAAGAAUCUUUUAAAAUUUUGGAAAAUAUAGAAAAUGAUAAUUUAGAGAAAAUUUCAAACGGUUUGAAAGUAUGGACAAUUCGUAAUUUAGGCGAGUUUUUUGAAUGUGUAGAAAAUCAGGAUCAAGUGAUUGAUAAAUUGUGCGAAUUACUUGUAAAUAAUUUUGGUAAUUGA